AUGUCUGCGGUGCAGAAACACCUUGUUCUGCGUCAGAAGAUAUGCCCGACCAGAACCAGACUACUUCUCUGUGUGGCGAUCUUGACGACCAUCCUUGUUCUAGGUUUUCACAGUCUGACCGUCAGCCCUGGAAAUGGUUCAAUGACUCUGUUUACUGCUAUUGGGAAAACGAUCUUGCCGAGCCAUUCUCCCAACGGGUCCCCUUCUCCAUCAUAUGAUUCAGGGAGCGCGGCGUUUCCGUCAUUAGAAAACGGGGAGACUCUCAAUGCGGCGGGAGGAGUAGAUGGAGACCUGGGCGACGUCGAUAGAGGCGGGGAUGGAGAAGAAGAACGAGGUUUCUCUGUUGAUCUUGGGAAUGGUACGCGACUGAGGGACUUUAAGGAUACCGAUGUAGGCUACAUGACGACAGAAAACUCCGAGAAAGCACAGAACGUCUCUGGCUUCCCGCCGACCGGCGGCGGCAACGCCAAUGCCACCAGCGUGGAGUUUCAUAAAGAGGAAAAGCUAAACGGGGAUCCAUCACCGGGGGAGGAGGAGAAGAAGAAGAAGAAGAAACGGAGGUGGCAGGACGGCAUGGAGACUAUUUCAUUGGAAGGUAGAGAAAUUAUUGAGGACUGUAUACUCGCCAAGGACCCGCAGGAGCGGGCGAGGCUGAGACAAUCUGCAAUGUCGAUCUCAGACAUGGACCAGCUCGCGUCCAAGAACCGCGAAUCGUGUUCAGUGGUGAGUCCGACAGAGCUGGAAGCCGCUGACUGAACGUCUGCCUCUUUUUAUUUAAAUAUAAUCAAUCAAAUGUCUGAUCCUCCUGGUGCAUUCCACAGGUACCCAGAUGGUCUUCUCUGAGAGAUCGAGAGAUUCUAGACGCCAGAAAGCAGAUUAUGAACGCACCCACUGUGAAGAGCGAUCCGGAGCUCUACCCACCCGUUUUCCGCAACUUCUCCAUGUUCAGAAGGUAAACCUCCAGAGCUCGAAACACCAAAGUCGUGGAUUCCACGGUGACUGACUGACUGACUAUCUGGGGUCUAACGCCAGCUAGCCAUCGUCUCAGGAGCUACGACCUGAUGGAGAGCCUCCUCAAGGUCUACAUUUACAAGGAGGGGGAGAAGCCCAUCUUCCACCAGCCGGAGCUCACGGGGAUCUACUCCUCCGAGGGCUGGUUCAUGAGGCACAUGGAGGGAAGCAGGCGGUUCCUCGUCGAGGAACCCAGACAGGCCCACCUCUUCUACAUGCCCUUCAGCUCCCACCUCCUCAAGACGCAGCUGUACGUACCAGAUUCCCACUCCCACGAUAACCUGAUCGAGUUUCUGCAGAAGUACGUCUCGACUAUCGCAGCCAAAUACCCCUUCUGGAACAGGACCGACGGCGCGGACCACUUCCUGGUUUCCUGCCACGACUGGGUGAGCAUCUCCGACGCCGACGCCGGCGCCAGCGGUGGGAAAGGAUCAACUCGCCGCUGACCCAUCCAUCUUGUUCUUCUUCUGGCAUCGCAGGCGACGCACGAGACAUGGCGAGCGAUGGGGACCCCCGUCAGGGCCCUCUGCAAUGCCGACACCACGGAGGACUUUGUGGUGGGGAAGGACGUCUCCCUGCCGGAGACGAACGUGCGCAGCGUGCAGGACCCGGCGGAGAACCUCGGCGGGUGGCCGGGGAGGAAUAGGACCCUGCUGGCCUUCUUCGCGGGUCAGAUGCACGGCUACCUCCGCCCCGCGCUGCUGCAGCACUGGGGGGACGACCCCGACAUGGCGAUCCUCGACACGAUGCCCCUCGGCGGCAGCACCGGCGGCGGCGGGGUGAAGAAGGCGGCGGACUACGCCCAGUACAUGAAGAGCAGCAGGUUCUGCGUGUGCCCGCGCGGGUUCGAGGUGAACAGCCCGAGGGUGGUGGAGGCCAUCUUCUACGAGUGCGUGCCGGUGAUCAUCUCCGACAACUUCGUGCCGCCCUUCUUCGAGGUGCUCGACUGGGGGGCCUUCUCCGUCAUCGUCGAGGAGAAGGACGUCCCCCGGCUGAAGGAGAUCCUCCUCUCCAUCUCCAGGCCCAGGUACCUGGCCCUGCAGACCGGCGUGAGGAAGGUGCAGAAGCACUUCCUCUGGCACGACCAGCCCACCAGGUACGACCUCUUCCACAUGAUCCUCCACUCCGUCUGGUUCAACCGGGUCUUCCAGCUAAGGUCGUCGCCCGACGGCGCUUCAACCGUCGGGCGGUAG